AGUGAUGUUAACGAACAGUUGAAGAUUGCUCGAGUUAUUGCGCUCGCAAUAACUUGGAUUUUGUUUGUUACGGUAACAUAAGGUAAUCACCAUAGAAGAGUACGGGGUGUACACGAUGCUGCCGGCGCAGCAGCUGGCGCCCAUCUCGCCGUGGCCGCCCGACGCCAACCUGCUCGACCGCAUGGACGACCUCGCCCACAAAGGUAAAGGAGGGCGGCCGCUGCCGGACUCCACGCGCCAGAAGAUCGUGGAGCUGGCCCACUCCGGCGCGCGGCCCUGCGACAUCAGCCGCAUCCUGCAGGUCUCCAACGGCUGCGUCUCCAAGAUACUCGGCAGGUACUACGAGACCGGGUCUAUCAGACCGCGCGCGAUCGGCGGGUCCAAGCCGCGUGUGGCGACGGCGGAGGUGGUGAGCAAGAUCGCGCAGUACAAGAGGGAGUGCCCAUCGAUAUUCGCGUGGGAGAUCAGGGACCGCCUGCUCAGCGAGGGCGUCUGCACGUCAGAUAACAUACCUAGCGUUUCCUCCAUCAACCGCGUGCUCCGCAAUCUCGCAGCGCAGAAGGAGAAGUCGAGCAACCAGCAACCGUCAGAGUGCUCCACGCCGGUGUACGAGCGGUUGCGGCUGCUGGGCACCCCGGCGGCCGCGCCCUGGCCCAGAGCACCCUGGCCUGCGCAGAUCGACACCAGGACUCCGCCCUACCAGCUCCACAGCCUGAGCCCCGGGCCCCAGGCUAUGCCGUGUAACGGGGAUAUGACGGCUAUGAAGAAAGGGGACGAGCCAUUAGAAGGUCUCGAAGGUCUACACUCGGACGAGACGGGGUCAGGUGACAACUCCAACGCCGGCUCCAGCGGUGCUGACGAGGACGCUGCCCGGCUGCGUCUGAAGAGGAAACUGCAGCGCAACCGCACCAGCUUCACCAAUGAGCAGAUUGAUAGUCUUGAACGAGAAUUCGAGCGAACCCACUAUCCCGACGUUUUCGCUCGAGAGAGACUCGCGGCGAAGAUCGGUCUGCCCGAAGCGAGAAUACAGGUAUGGUUCUCGAAUCGUCGCGCGAAGUGGCGUCGCGAGGAGAAGAUCCGCAGCCAGCGGCGCAGCCCGGAGUGCGCGUACGCGCCGCCCCCGCAGCCCGCGCCGCAGCACCCCGCGCCGCAGCACCCGCCCUACCAGCCGCCGCUCAGCGUUGACACGUACAGCCCCCUCACGUCCAUGGGUUACGGCGGCGGCAUGGAGGCGCCGGCGUGCGAGGCGGAGGCCGACCUGUGCAAGUCCGGCUUUCUGGGCUACCCGCGCUACGAGCUCGGCUACCGGCAGCCCUACGUCAACCACGGCUAUCAGCAUGAGCCCACCUCGUCGGCGCAAGAGCUGGGCGGUCUACUGGGUGCGGGGGUGUCGGUCCCGCUGGCGGUGCCGGCGCAGGAGCAGCAGUACUGGGCGCGCCUGCAGUGACCCUGGACCUGGUACUGAUAACUGAACAUACCAUCCCACCACUUACAUUUCUCCAUGGGAGUUGAGUGUCAGCAGGAAUUUGAAAAGUUGAUGCUCUAACCAGUGGCGGUCUUACCCAUUGCGAGGCCCCGGGUGGAAGGUCUUUGCGAGGCCCUUGAAAGUGCUAGGCCCCGGGCGAUUGCCCUGUUCGCCACCCCCUAGGGCCGCCACUGGCUCUAACUUAAUGGAAGCGAAAGCUCGACUAGGAAAAUGAAAAAACCUUCACAAAUGGUUUCUGAUGUGUUUUUAGUUCAGUUUAUGUAUAACGCACUGGCUAACGUUAAAAGAUAAUACAAUUAGCUACGCUGCUAAAUGGAUAAACUUUUGUAGAUAAAAUUUUAGAAACGGAGCCUAUGCACGCCUUAAAUUUAACCCUUAAUCUGCAGCUAGCCCUCCUACCAUCUACCACUUAUUAUAUUAUUAGUACCUACCUACAUACUACACUAAGCACACAGGAUGUCUUGUGUAGAAGAUUUGAGUAAGUUCUUGAAUUAUCCGCAAUCGAGGUAUUUCACAUUCCUAGUCCACCUAUCGCUUCUAUAAUAAUUAACCAUUGUUAUUGUGAUUUAGAAAUAUGUAACAACAAAUAUGCAUGAUGCAACUUAAAAAAUAGCGCGACAAAUCGUUCAGCGCCACCUAUCGGCAACCGAGAGAAAGCUUCAAUUCUCCCGAGUGAACUGCAAUUUUAUUAUAAGUAAAAAAAGCACAAAAGUAUCAUCGCACAAUAUAGAAAUAUCCAAAUCAGAAGAAGAAAGAAACAGAUUCCAGGCAUCGAUAUAAAUAGAUAUAACUCCUUGUUAUUUAAUCAAGUACCUCUACUAGUAAAGGUGAAAAAAUUGAUAAAUGGUUUUAAGAAGCCAUUACAAUUAAUAUUUUUAUAGCAACGCUGUAAUUAUAGUUUAAUGCCUUUUAUUUGUCAGUACCGCAUAGUAUAAAGAAUAAACAUAUCUGAAGCCCAAUAGAGCACAAGAGACGUCUCAAAACACAGCAUAAUAUUCAAGUUUAAAGGACGCCGCGCUGCGAGUAUAUAGGAGCUAUAUUUUGUCUGUUUAAUGUUUUAAAAUGAGGUUUUAAUAAAUAGAAUACAAUAAAUACAUAAUAAAUCUUGUCAUAAUCUUAAUUUUCAAACAUUAACGAAAUAUCUGAAUUCCUUAUUUUAUUUCAUAAAGUCUUUGUAUCUACAGCUGUUCAGGAGAGUAUACGGUAGUUGUUGUAUUACUAUAUAUUCUCAUUUUGUACCAUCGAGAAAGUUGAUUCCUAUGCAAUUGACAGACCAACGUUAUU